AUGGUAAUUGAGGAAGAAUGUAUCCCACAGAAGAAAUGUUUCGGCAAUUACACAUGGAAAGUCGUACCGCGCUUGAAAAAUCGUGGUAUUUCGGAGAUUCCUAUGCAUACUGAGGUGGACCACACACCUUCUUCUUGUGCUCUAAAAUGUCAAAUUAUAUUCACAUGUAAACAAUUCCGUUAUAAUCAAGUUACCAAGGAGUGUGAUUUAUAUAACGGGGAAGGAUACAAAGCAGUGACGAAUGAAGCAGGGAACCAGUUUUAUCAGAGGAUGCCACCUAACUGUGUGGCCGGACGCGAUGAAUGGUUCUCUGAGUACAGAUCGUGUAUCUGGAUCAAUACUGAUGUUCUUCCUUAUGAAGAUGCCAAGCUUAAAUGUGAAUCAGAAGGCAGAACAAUGAUGGGGGCAAAAAGUACAACUCAAAUUCGAAAUUUGAUGCACCUUCUUGAUUUAAAGUGGAUUCAUGCUUAUGCUCGGCGAACAGGAAGUAACUCCUACGAAUGGCUUGAUGGUACCCGUGUUACAGAAGGAUGGUGUCCCUCUCAGCCUGAUUCUUACACUGAUUGUGUUGGUGUCGAUCUCAGCAUGGCCUCGUGGUGUAGCACAGGAGGACUGGACGAUAUCAAUUGUACACACUCCAGACAAUUUUUUUGUUAUUAA